AUGGCGAAGGUUGGAGUUGUUUUAACUGUCUGCCAGUUGGUGCUAGAAUUGUUAAUGAAUUCAUUAACUGAGUCUUCCAUGCAGAGUAACGAAUGUCCACAGCUUUGUGUGUGUGAAAUCAGGCCGUGGUUUACACCUCAGUCAACGUACAGGGAAGCCACAACAGUUGACUGCAACGACCUCCGGCUAACAAAAAUCCCCAGCAACCUUUCCAGCGACACCCAAGUCCUUCUGCUCCAAAGCAACAACAUUGCAAAGACCACAGACGAACUCCAGCAGCUCUUUAAUUUAACAGAGCUGGAUUUUUCACAGAACAACUUCACGAGCAUCAAAGACGUGGGGCUCUCAAAUCUCACUCAACUCACCACUUUGCACCUGGAGGAAAACCAGAUCACGGAGAUGACCGACUACUGCCUGCAAGACCUCUGCAACCUUCAGGAGCUCUACAUCAACCACAACCAGAUCAGCAGCAUCUCUGCCAACGCAUUCUCAGGCCUGAAGAACCUUCUGAGGUUACACCUCAACUCCAACAAAUUAAAGGUGAUUGACAGCCGUUGGUUUGUUUCCACUCCUAACCUGGAGAUUCUCAUGAUUGGAGAGAAUCCAGUGAUUGGUAUACUAGAUAUGAAUUUCAAACCACUCUCAAACUUAAGGAGCCUGGUUUUGGCAGGCAUGUAUCUCACAGACAUCCCUGGCAACGCCUUGGUAGGCUUGGAUAGCCUUGAAAGUCUUUCCUUCUAUGACAACAAGCUGGUAAAAGUUCCUCAGCUGGCACUUGAGAAAGUUCCCAAUUUAAAGUUCCUGGAUCUCAACAAAAACCCCAUUCAUAAAAUCCAAGAAGGUGACUUUCGAAACAUGCUGAGAUUGAAAGAGCUUGGGAUCAACAACAUGGGAGAACUGGUCUCUGUGGACAGGUAUGCACUGGAUAACCUGCCUGAGCUUACCAAGCUGGAAGCCACCAACAACCCAAAGCUGUCUUACAUCCAUCGCCUGGCGUUCCGCAAUGUUCCCGCCCUGGAGAGCUUGAUGCUCAACAACAAUGCCUUGAACGCUGUCUACCAAAAGACAGUGGAAUCCCUCCCAAACCUGCGUGAGAUCAGCAUCCACAGCAACCCGCUCAGGUGUGACUGCGUCAUCCACUGGAUCAACUCCAACAAAACCAACAUCCGAUUCAUGGAGCCUCUCUCCAUGUUCUGUGCCAUGCCUCCGGAGUACCGAGGGCAGCAGGUGAAGGAAGUGUUAAUCCAGGACUCAAACGAGCAAUGUCUUCCAAUGAUCUCUCAUGAGACCUUUCCUAAUCACUUGAACUUGGACAUUGGCAUGACAGUGCUUUUGGACUGUCGGGCCAUGGCAGAACCUGAGCCUGAAAUUUAUUGGGUCACCCCUCUAGGCAAUAAAGUGACUGCUGAAAGCCUCUCUGACAAAUACAAGCUGAGCAGCGAAGGCACCUUGGAAAUCUCCAACAUCCAGGUGGAAGACUCUGGGAGGUACACCUGUGUUGCUCAAAACAUAGAGGGGGCCGACACGAGGGUGGCCACCAUCCGGGUGAACGGGACGCUCCUGGACAGCACCCAGGUCCUCAAGAUCUAUGUAAAGCAAGCCGAGUCCCACUCCAUCCUGGUCUCCUGGAAGGUGAAUUCCAACGUCAUGACUUCCAACCUAAAAUGGUCCUCGGCCACCAUGAAGAUCGACAACCCCCACAUCACCUACACUGCCAGGGUGCCCGUGGACGUGCACGAGUACAACCUCACGCACCUCCAGCCAUCCACGGAUUACGAGGUGUGCCUGACCGUCUCCAACAUCCACCAGCAGACGCAGAGGUCCUGCGUGAACGUCACCACCAAGAACGCAGCUUUCGCCCUUGACAUCUCCGACCAGGAGACCAGCACCGCCCUGGCAGCCGUCAUGGGAUCCAUGUUUGCCGUCAUCAGCCUCGCCUCCGUCUCUGUUUACAUCGCCAAAAGGUUCAAGAGGAAAAACUACCACCACUCCCUGAAAAAAUAUAUGCAAAAGACCUCUUCCAUCCCACUCAACGAGCUCUACCCACCCCUCAUCAACCUCUGGGAAGGCGACAGCGAGAAAGACAAGGAUGGUUCUGCGGAGACCAAGCCCACCCAAGUCGACACAUCCAGAAGCUAUUACAUGUGGUAA